AUGGGUAUCUUCCGAACCGAUACCGAUGGCGCCAGCCUCUUCUACCGUUACUACAUCCCCUCUUCAUCCCCCCACAGGCCUGCAACAACCACCGCACGGCAGCCGCUAACGUUGGUCUUCCUCCACGGGUGGCCCAUGUCCUCGCGCAUGUUCGACCAGCUGAUCGUCCCGCUGGUCGAAACGCACCGCUUCCCCGUCAUCGCCCCGGACCGCCGAGGGUUCGGCAACAGCGACUGGACCACGCCGAGGACGGGCGAGGUGGUCUUCGAGACCUUCGUGCAAGACGCCGCUGCCCUUCUCGAGCACGUCAUGAGACCCAACCCGGGGCCCUUCGUUUUCGUGGCCGCCAGCAUGGGCAGCGUCGAAAGUGUCCUCGCCCGCGCCGCCAGCCCGUUCUUGCGCGAACACUGCAAGGGGUUCGUGUGGAUGGGCCCCAAUAUGCCCUACCCGGCGAGCUGCGAGGAGUGCCCCGAUGCCCCGAGCGCCGAGGUCUGGGAUGGGCUCAUCCAGGGCUUGCGGGGGCCCACUGCCAAGGACUUCAUCGCCCAGGCGAUUCCGGGGCUCUUCCGGCCCGACUUGGGUAAUCAGGUCAGCCAGGAGAUGAUGCAAUUCUUUGAGAGGCUCAUCCACCAAGCCGAUCCCGUCGCCAUCGAGCGAACGGCGGUGGUGUUGCAGAGACCCAUGAUUGAGGAGCUCAAACAGUGGGCCGCGGCCGGUGCUGCCGAUGAGAAGGAGAAGUUGGCGGUUCUGAUACUCCAUGGCGAUGCCGACUCCGGCACACCAAUCGACUCAAGCUCUGUUUUGAUCCACAAUAUUUUGCCGUGGUCUCAGUUCAAGAUCUACAAAAACGCAGGACAUGGGCUGUACUUGACACAUGCUCAGCAGGUAUUGGAUGACAUGCUUGCUUUCCUCGAGCCGAUCAUUUCUCAGGGCCAACAAUAG